UUAUUUAGGACACGUGUGAAAUAGCAGCCAUUGUUUACUAGAAAUAGUGACGAAGGGAAAAAUACACAAAAAUGCAAACAUUGGUAAACGCAUUUAUCCGUUGUCUCUAUUUUCUCCUCCCUCCCUCUUGGCUUCAUCUUGGAGUUUGCUGGUGGAUUGGGGAUGAGUGCGGAAAGAUGACAUGGCCCAAUCCCAGGGCGCGUUUCAAAAGCAGAACGCUUCUUACAUAUCAGGAAGUAACCUUACAAGACGGCUCCAUCCCCUCGGUCUCCCCAGUUCCUAGCUGCGUCUCGCUAGCUGCUAGCUCCACGCCACCCCAGGGUUCUCCGUGGGGUAGAAUUUGGGGGCUCUGGCAAGCUGUGGAGCGCAUCUUCGGGGCUUCAUUGGCCAACCACCGGUGUGGGUGUCAAAAGCGUCGAGGUGUGUGUGCCCCGUAUUCUUGCGACUUCAAUUGUUGUAUUACAGGGAAUAAAUGCUUUCAUGAAAGCACUACCACUGGUGUAGCCGAGGAGGAAGUGAACGAACCGGGUGAAAACGCAUUUAUUUCGGGUAAAAUGACGAGUGCCACCAUGGAGUUUCAGAAACGUAUCGAAUCUGCAUUAGGUUCGUCAGCGGGACGGGAAAUCGACGAGGUAAUAAUUGUGGAUCAACACCUGCAGGAGAUGGGGACUCAAGUGAUGAUAACAGUGGCUAUUCAAGCGGCAGACGACGAGGAACCAGAGGAGGAGGUGUCCUCAAACAAUCUCGAUUUCCUCGGAGGCAGCUGUAGUGAAGACGAAUGUGGAAGACAUGAUAAAUCCAGUGGCGCUGGCACGAGUGGCGGUGAAGAGGAGAGCUGGCAGCCCCCAGACCCAGAGCUGACCCAGAAGCUGGUGGCCCAGAUCGAGUACUACCUGUCGGAUGAGAACCUGGAGCACGAUGCCUUCCUGCUCAAACACGUCCGACGCAACAAGCUGGGCUUCGUCAGUGUCAAACUGCUCACCUCCUUCAAGAAGGUGAAGCACUUGACGCGAGACUGGAGAACAACUGCAUAUGCUCUGCGCCACUCGACAAUACUUGAGCUAAAUGAUGAGGGGCGCAAAGUGCGUCGCAGAUCAACAGUGCCUGUGUUUGCCAGUGAGUCUCUGCCAAGCCGCAUGCUACUACUCAGCGAGCUGCAGAGCUGGCCAGAGCUGGGUGUGGCGAUGGAGGGUGGGGCUGGCGACGGGAGUGAGGGCGGCGCUACCCAACAGGAACAACUGAUGAAGCUGCUGCUGAAAGCGUUUGGAACAUAUGGAGCCAUUGCCUCUGUGAGGGUGCUGAAGCUUGGCAAGGACCUGCCAGCCGACCUGAAGAAGCUGAGUGGCCGCUACACACAGCUGAGCACUGAGGAGUGUGCCAUCGUGGAGUAUGAGGAGGUGGAGGCUGCAGUCAAAGCCAACGAGGCUGUGGGCAGCGAGGAGGGGACAGGGUCUCUGGGGUUGAAGGUGGUCCUGAUCGGCACCAAGCCUCCCAAGAAGAAGGUCCCCAAAGAUCAGCGUCAGCGCGAGGAGGGAGUAGGAGGAAUGAGGAAGAGCCACUCACUCAACAGCCGGGUACGGGAGCUUCAGUAUCACGAAGACUCUGCCUGUAGCUCCUCAGAGACUGAGAGCAACCCCACCUCCCCCAGACUGGCCCGCAAAUCCCGCUCUGUCAAUAAGCUAAGUCCCACUGGAGGGGGUGCCACCUUCCAGAACAAUCACCUGAGCCCAGCUGUGUCGCCACGCACCAGCCCCUGGUCGAGCCCCCGGGCCAGCCCAUGCUCCCAACGCAAGUCUCCCCACUCCCAUAAGUCUCCUUUGGCCAGUGAGGGCAGACUGAGCCCUGAGGCUGGGCGACGUUGGGCGGACUACUCCUCAGACAGCAGCCUGACGCCGUCCGGUAGCCCCUGGGUCCAGAGGCGCAGGCAGGUGGCCUCACAGGAGAGCAGCCCAGUAGGGAGCCCCAUGCUGGGUCGAAAGAUCCAGGGCGCAGACGGGCUUCCGCCAGGUGUAAUGCGUCUACCGCGUGGGCCUGAUGGAACACGUGGUUUUCACUGUGGUCUGUCCAUUGGUGUUGCUGAGAGGGGAGAGAAGACCGCUUCUACCCAAACCUGACACUCGGACACCCCCCCCCCCCCCCCCCCUAUGCCCCCAGUUCUAAAGCAGUACACUGAGUACAGCGAUGAGAUUUGGCCCAGUCCUUUGGCCACUACAUUGACAUUCUUCAUCCCCCGCCCCACAUUUGAAUGGUCGUAGAUUUGUUCUGUUUAAUCGUUGUUUGGAGAUUUGCCUGUCUUUGUUAUACUUUUUAUACAAUAUUUUGUUCAAAAACAUGGUGACGCCUAAUUUAUGAAUAUUUAAGAUACAUUUUGAGUUUAUUAAAUUCAAAAUUUGAGUACUGUAUUUGACACAAGUAAUGGUAUUUGUCACCUCCCAUUGCUAUCUAAGGUGUUGAGCAUGGGGCGGGCAGAGAUUUACUUAAGUAACCCUAUUUUACUUUUUUAUUGGAAAGUUUCCAGUGUCAGUCUUAGUGUGUGAAAUCUCAUUUUGUAUGGAUGGUGUGAACAGUGGUAUGGGCACAUGGUGUGGAUAUCACCAUAUGCCUUUUGCCAUUUUUGUCUAUUGAGUUUGCUCCUUAAACUGUGGCCAUACUUUCCCUGCCAGAAGGUUGAACAGUUGUCACAUGACUACUUUUUUUAUUUUUCCUUAAAUUUUAUAUUUUUUCCUGGAUGCCUAACUUAAGCUUCCAAAGUAGGGGUUACUCUCCUAGCUCUGCAAAAAAUGAAAAAUAUUAAAUGGGGGGUGGGGGGGGUCCUUCCUUGGCUGGAAUCUGUUUCUAUCAGUGUAUAGCCUCUACCGAGUCCCCAACAACCUGGUUUUCAGGGGAAAUGCAAAGAGCCUGAUCAGACUUCUGCUUUUGGACGUUAUCAAGACACUACUCCAUCUUAACUCCUACACAUUUACUGGAUUGGUUGAACAGUGUAGAAAAGAACCUCCCCUGACACUUAUUUUUCUUGUCAAGACAGGGGAUCUGGUUUCAGGUGUUACUUUUACGGGUUGGGUUAAUCAGUGUGUAGCAUGCUGGUAGUGGGGGAUGCAAUGUUCAGGUUUGAGUGUGCAAAAUGGAGAUGCUCUUGAACUCUUGACAUCUGAGCUGGGGUAAUGUGCAUUUUCUUUAUUGUACAAAAUAAAUAACAAAUUGCAUUUGGCUUGUGGCAACAUUUUUCAUUUACAUUCGAUUAGGAAUGGGCAAGCCAAUUCCGCUUAACGCAAGGUCAAGUGUUUUAGUUUCUAAGAUUGAUUGUGCAAGAUUGAAAUGAAUAUCCUAAUCACAUGCAAAAGACAAGUGGCUUAUUGGCUGCAUUCCACAAUGAUCCACCAUUAUCACAUGAGAUUGACUGCACAGAUGAAGCGCAUGAGCUGGAAGAAAGCGUGGACGUUAGUAUCAAUACCAGCCUUCUCUGUAAAAUAUGGGUAACAAAUGUACAGAUUGCAGUCAGAUUUGAUAAGCUAUUAUUCAGGUCUAUUACAUAGCUGGAUCUAAUUGGUAUUACUGUGAAAUUGCUUUCAAAUGUUCCUUAGCAACCACAAAGGUCUGACGCAAAUCCAGUAUCGUGCUGGGAUGCUAUGAAAUCAGAUGUGUGAUCCAGCUUUAGCAAGAUACAGAUACUACAUGUAUCAACUUAUUAAUUACUGUAUGACUAUUGGAAGUUAGAACUACUCUGUUCCAGUUCAUAUAAGAAAAUCAGUCCACUGAAAUAAAUUUUAGGCCCUAAUGUAUGGAUUUCAUGUGACUGGGAAUACAGAUAUGCAUUUGGUCACAAUUUAAAUAUUUGAAGUAGUGUGGAUCAGAGAACCAUUCAGUGUCUGAUGUGACCAUUUCUCAUGCAGAGUUGAUUAGGCUGUUGAUUGUGGAAUAUUGUCCCAAUCCUCUUCAAGGCUGUGUGAAAUUGCUGUAUAUUGGUGGGAAUUUAAACACUCUGUUGUACACAUCAAUCCAGAGCAUCCCAAACAUGCUCAAUGGGUGACAUGUUUGAGUAUGCAUGCCAUGGUAGAAAUUGACAUUUUCAGCUUCUAGGAAUUGUAUACCUCCCACAGUUUACUGAAACCCUUCAAUGGAUUCUUCCAGGUUAAUUCUGACAUCCAUCUAUAUAACACAAGACACUGCAAUAACCUUCACCCUCCCCACUGCCACACCUCACAUAGUUAAUUCUCUAUCAGAUACAGUGGUCCCAUACUCUGGAAUUCUUAUCUUCACAUUGCCAACACCUCAUCCGGGCAACCUGAUGAACCAAACUACCCAAUAAUCCCUCCAUGUAGCCUCACUCACAUAAUCACAUGUUUUUUCUUGUUUACUAAGUAUAUAUUAUGUGCAAUUAUAAUUCAUAUGCUUUGCUUAACUGAUUGAACAAACUUUUUAAACUUAUUGGUGUGGUUUUCAUAUAAGCCCUUUUGGGCUUCUAACCUUACCUGCACACCAUUUUUACCUGUUUUAUCAGUACUGUUUUGUCUUUCACUUUUCUUUGGUGCAAAAAAAGAAUAAAAGCUACAGAUCCUUGCGUUAUCAUGCUGAAACAUGAGGUGAUGGCGGCGGAUGAAUGGUGUGACAAUGGGCCUCAGGAUCUCUUCGUGGUAUCUCUGUGCAUUCAAAUUGCCAUACCCCACGAGGCACUCUGUUCACAACGCUGACAUCAGUAAACUGCUGGCCCACGACACUAUACACGUGGUCUACAGUUGAGGCCUAUUGGACGUACUUCCAAAUUCUCUAAUAUGACAUUGGAGACUGCUUAUGGUAGGGAAAUUAACAUUAAAUUCUGGUGGACAUUCCUGCAGUCAGCAUGUCAAUUGCACACUCCUUCAAAAAUUGAGAUUGUGUUGUGUGACAAAACUUCACAUUAGAGUGGCCUUUUAUUGUCACCUGCACAAGGCACACCUGUGUAAUGAUCAUGGUAUUUAAGUAGCUUCUUGAUAUGCCACACCUGUCAGGUGGAGAAAUGCUCACUAACAAGGAUGUCAACAAAUUUGUGCACAAAAUUUGAUAGACAUAAGCUUUUUGUGCUUAUGGAAAAUUUCUGGGAUUUUUUAUUUCAGCUCAUGAAACAUGGGACCAACACUUUACAUGUUGAAUUUAUAUUUUUGUUCAGUGUACUGUAUAACAUCCUAGGAACCAGUAGCCUAUUGCUGUUGCUGGGAGAUCCAGUGAAAUGCCAAACUAAUUGUUUCUUGCAUAAGACAGGAAUAAAUGAAUAGUCUUGUCUUCAUCACUCGCGAUUAACAAUUCUAAACUAAUCAUAGGGGAUUUCACAAUGGAAGUUGUUCUGAUUCACUUAGGAUUGUUGACUCUCAAUGAAUAUGAACCUGCAAAUGACUGUCCUAUUACCUAAGAGAACUCACGUGCUCAUAGGAGUAAUGAUAUUCACAAUGUUUCCAUAAAUGUCAAUUAACCCAGUAAGACUGCUUUCAUUUAAUUAAAGAAUUACUCUGUUCUGUUCAGUA